CAUUCAUCACAAGCGGCUGGCCACCAUGCGGAUCAUAGCCGUAGCGUCUCAUUUCUUCCCAAAAGCGCGACGUGCGGAAGCUCAACGCGCCGGUUGCAACUAUAUUUUAUACGCAAGAAAGCGACUGGAUUCUGGAGUUUAACGUACAAAGCGCAGAAGAGGAGUUAUGGGUCUAGCUCAGUCAUCUAAAAGUCCGCAGGUGAUCCUGAUGGGUUUGGACUCUGCAGGAAAGACAACUUUGCUCGCUCGACUGCUGACUGGACAGGUGAUGGACACAUCACCGACCAUUGGAUUCAAUGUAGGAACAUUUGAUUUGGACAAGAGGACAUCACUGACAGUUUGGGAUGUCGGAGGACAGAAAAGCAUGAGGCCCAACUGGAGGUUCUUCCUGGACGACUGCAAGGCACUGGUCUUCGUGGUUGACAGCAGUGAUCGAAGUCGGAUGACGGAGGCCAAGAAGGCAUUGAAGAAUGUUUUGAGGGAAGACAAGUUACGAGGUAUUCCUUUGAUGGUUCUCGGCAACAAGUUGGACCAGCCUGGCGCCAUGAACGUACAAGAGAUCUCCAACAUGCUGGGAAUGUCCAACUAUCCACAGCUGCAAUGGCAGAUUCAAGUUUGCAGCGCACUGAAAGGAAUUGGUCUGCGUCAGGCCUUCACGUCCGUCGCCAAACUCAUCAAGAAAAACUAAUGUACAGGAUGUGAAAAGGAAGAGAAGAAGGAAGAAUAAAUGUGAAUCGGUGUGAUAGCAGAAGUACACGGGUGAAAGGUUGUGUUUUUGAAUGUACCUAAUUAGAAAUAAAUACAAAUCC